CCAGCAUCACUCCGAGUUCUCUGCUCGAGCAGUGAAGACGUCAACUUAACUUGCUCCGAUUUCAAGAAAAAAAAUAAGUUUUUAAAGUGUCGUCUAGUGUUUGACAGACUUUUUACGACUGGAAAUAAAAACUAUUCCUAGCCAAAACUCUACAAAGAUCGAAUCGGAUCAGAACUACUGCACCAUGGCCGGAGGAAGUCGGACACUCCAAUUAGUAUUCCUGGCUCUAAUUGCCAUCGCUCAAUGGCAGACAAUUGCGGCGGGGCCAGUCUCAAACGAGGAGCUGCAUGGCACCAUCAAGUCCCUGAUCUAUUCCUACAACCAGCUGGACAAUAAGCUCGAGAGGCACGAGCACCGUGAAAGGGCUCUGGGAGAGCUCUUGAAGAAGGCGCUGCAGUCCCUGCAGAAGGGCCAGAAGAGCUUGGAGCCCAUCAAUGGAAUCUUUACUCGUUUGGACGACAGAGUCAGCCAGAUAGAAACCAUGCUGAUAACGCAAGAGGAGAAGUACAACCUUCAGUCCGAGCGCUUCAAUCAGGCCACAGAGCACAUGUUCAAGUGGAUGAGGGAGAACGACGAGUGCUUCAAGCGUCCACCGGUUAGCGAAAAGUCGGCACCUGCUCCUGCUGCCCCUGCCAUUCCUGAGGGAUUCCUGCUAGAGCAACAGCGAGUGAACAAGCAGCUCCUGGACGACAUCCAGAAGCUGACAGCUAGCGUGACGGCCUUGAAGGAGAGCAGCCAGAAGGCGGCGGACCAGACCCAGAAAGACAUCCAGAGCCUACCCAAGGGCAAGGAGCUGAUCGGUCAAAUCGAGGCCAAGCUGCAGCAGCACUCCCCCAGCGUGACCACCGUCGCUCCGCCCAAGAACAAUGAGUUCGAGGUGCAGAUCCUAGACCGUCUUACCUCCCUGGGCGGACAAGUUACCCAGUUAAGCGAGAACGUCCAGCGUCCUGCUCCUCCAGUUGGGCUCGACGAAAAAGAUCGCGCCUAUAUCCAGGAACUGAAUAACGAAACCCUUAAUGCUUUGGCCCAGCUCAAGAGCGAGUCCUCGGCGGUACAGAAAUCUGCAUUGACUGAGACCUCGGAACGACUGCAGCAAACGGAGGCCAAUAUUCAGGCGGAUGUCCGCCAGCUCUCUGCGGAUGUGGGCGUCCUCAACAAGUACUUUGCCUCGGCCAACGAGAGCACCGCCAAGCUGCACCAAGGCCUGGAAGCUCUGGACAAAUUCAAUAACAUAACGAUGACCAAUUCGGAGGUGGUGUUGGAGACCCAGCGCAAGGUGGAGUUCGGAACAUUGAGCAUGGUGCAACGGGUGGGCAUAUUGCUGGGCGAGCAGGUGGCCCAACUGGUGGCACUGAUUAAGGAGCGUUUCUCGGCUCUGGAUACAUCCGUGGUGAAGAUUCAGCAGGAGGGUAGCAAGAACAUAACAGGGCUGCUGGAUACGGAAUUGGGUCAGGUGUGGCAUCGCAUCGAGAUCAUGGCCAAUGAGAUCAGCCAGAACCGGGAAAUUCUGGGUGUGAUCCAAGCCGGAUCUGAUGGCUAUAUCAACAGUACUCUGGCCACAAUGAUGGGACUGGGCAGCAAGGUGGAGGAUACUAAAAAGCAUAUGAUCGACAUGGACGACAACCUGAACUUCUUGCUGGGCAAACUGUCCCUCAUGUCCGGCGAGUUUGCGAAGAUCAAGAUCGGUCUGGCCGAUUCGCUUGAGAAUCUUCGCAACUCGUUCCACGACCUUCACGAGCGGAUGCCGACGGGUCCGGGACCCCACAACAUCGACAAAAAUAAGUACGAGACCGACGUGAAUCUGCUCUCCAAGCGCCACGCCGAAACAGAUUAGACGGGAGCCUAGGAUGGCCCAGAAAAUAAGAAAUUACAAUACUCCUAAUCCUAGAGCAUAAGUUCUCCCACUUACAUACCUUUAAUCCCUAGCUGGCGUUCAAAGUAGUAGCACUAGUUACUUUUAACUUGGAAAUACCAGAGUGCUAUAACUCUAAACGCAUUUCUGCAAUAUUUAUACAAUAUGAUCUUGAAACCCUACCUUGAAUACAUCUAUUUUAUGAACAAUA